ACAGUCAACAGCUAACGAGAGUAACUGCUUCAACAUAUUCAUCACAUUACAGCUCAGAUACUAGUAAAAUGUGUAUUCUGUUUUUGGUCUUCAUAUUGACCUGUACCGUUCCCGAUACUAAGUGUUUGAAGAAAUCAACCACCAGUAAAAUCGAUCCGGAUGAUGAGCUGUAUCCAAUCUACGAGUGUGAUAAGCGAACGCGCGACUGGACAACACGUUGUUUGGUUGAAAUGACAAACGCCCAGCUUUCCGUAGAUCUCUGUGGUACCGGUGAGAAACCUGAUCCAUCCUACGUGCAACGAUGUGUACGGCAGUUGAAAGCCAUUGGAAAAUCUUGCCCACAACCGGCCCCUGUUGCUGAUAUGGCGAAUGAUAUGAUGAAUCAUAACCCACCGCCACCGCCUCCACUUUCACCAAAUGCUCCAAAGCAACGCACGGCUAAAAAAGAACAACAGAAGAAACUGAACAAGCCGUAUGAGAAAGAUGUUUUAUCACUAUGAGGUCAGCAUCAGUGAAUCGAAUGAGAACAUUAAAGAUUUCUAGGCAAGUUUGAACCUAUCAAAAAUAGCC